AUGAUGGCCGAACAUUCCACCCAUAUUCGACACGUACUCCUUUACGAGUUCGAAUCUGGCCACCCCGCUGCUGAAGCCCAUCGAAACUUAUGUCAAGUAUUUGCCACUAUCGGUACUGGAACCCCUUCUGAGCGGUCUGUGCGCGCCUGGUUCCAGCGCUUCAAAGCCGGAAACAAGAAACUCGAAGAUGAGCCUUGCUCUGGUCGACCGACUGCAAUAUCGUACGACGAACUGAAGAAUCUGGCGGAGCAGCAUCCAUAUGAAGGUGUGCGGUAUUUUGCUGCCAGUCCUGGUUGUUCGCUGUCCACCGUGAGCAAUGGACUGCGAUCUCUCGGAAUGGUGAAAAAGCUCGGUCAGUGGCUCCCACAUGCAUUGAGCGAAAGACGCUUGGACAUCUGUACUCAGCUGCUCCAGAAGCCGCAGAUUCGACUGGCUGGACACCAUUGUCACUGGAGAUGA